AAAUUACAAUUAAUCACCUCAUUAACAUUAAUCUCUUUCUGCCUAAACUAUGCUCACCCUUACGUUUUAUUUUUAUGAACAUCACACAUCCAUCUACAACCAGAUUUUAAAAAUAUCACAUAUCCGUAUCAUUGAAGAUGAAAUAAAAUUAAAGCGUUCAAUAUCUUAGAAAAAUGAAAUUGCUUAGUAGUGUAAGUAGUCAGGGCGCUACAUGUAAAAAAAAAAAGAAAACUAAACAUUUUGUGUGAACAUUCUAAUUUUUGUACAGAUGUUUUCUAUAUGUUUUAAGAAGUUAAAAAAUCUUUACGGGCCACUUGGAAACUGCUUAUAACUUUAUUUAUUGACAAAAAUAGUAGAAGCUAAGCGAAGCGAUUUCAUCUUAAAAUUUCCGCCAUGUUGUUUAAAAAUCAAAACCGCAAAGCAUUUAUUUCAGUUUUUACAAAUUAUUUGCAGGGGGGUAACAAUUUUUAAAAUAAAAAGUUUUUAAAAUGUUUUAUUUAAUUAAUAACAUUAAAAUUUUCUAAAGCUUGUUUGAAAUAAAAUUUUAUUCAUUAUUUUUGUUUAAUUAACGUUUUAAGACUAAAAAUUAGUUUUAAUGGUACAAUUUGAAAAAGCAACCGCUCCCGUUUCGUGUCUACUUAAAAAAUGUUUACUUUUUAAAAACUGUUUAAUAAAUAAACGUGUUUAUUUGUUUUUAUUUAUUUAAAAUUAUCUAAGUAAAUAAUGUCAAGUGAAAAUAAAAGUCUCAGUUUAGUUGCUACAAAAAUAAUUAAUAAUGCUUGCAUACUUCAUCAAGGAAAAGAUACUAAUUGUAUUGACAAGCUACGUGGGUUUACUGAAAAUGCGCUUUCGAAAGUGAAGAAUGCUAGUCAGAUUCGACAAGACUUUAAAAUUAUAAGUGUUCUAACUGAUACAUGCCCAACAACUCUCAUGUUUCAUCAAAGAUGUUACGACAAAUACGUACAUAUAAAAACAAUAAGCAAUAUACAACAUAAACAAGGUAGAGCAGAAACAGCCCACGAUAGUGUAUGCGUGGUUGAUAAAUUCACAUCUGAGCGCAGAACCUCAACUCGAAAAAGAGAUAGAUCAGGAAAAAUUAUUGCAGAUAAAGAAUGCUGCAUUUGCUAUCGUAAGAAGACAAAUAAAGAUAGGAAUGGAUAUGAAGCGCUAACAAAGUGCGUAACAGAAAAUGCUGCAAAAACGUUAAAAGAAAAUGCCUUAUGUAAAUCUGAUAUCCCAAGACUCAUGGCUAGCGUAUCGGGCGCAGAGUGGCAAAGUAUUAUCUCCUUAGAGUUACACUAUCAUCGAUCUUGUUAUGUUAACUACACGAGACCCCUUAGAAAUCCUUCUGUUAUUACAGAAAAUACAAUCAUGUCUUUGCUUUUUGACUAUGUAAGAGAGCACAUUUUAAACAAUUUAGAAAUUAUAGAAACAAGCAAACUAAUUGAAUUUUAUAGCGAAAACUGCACAGAUAGAGAAAAAAUUCCAGAUAGCAGGACUUUGCAGGAUUCUGUUGUUGCACAAUUUAAAGGGUCUGUUCAGUUGUGGUCACCAAAAUACGGCUAUUCUUUUUUAUACAACAAUACCAUUGAGAAGGGAAAAAUCAUUGAAGUUCUUUUAAAGAAAAUUGAACGCUUAGAAAAAAAGAAUAAUCCAAAACCAAUCGAACAACUUAUUGAUCAAGUUGCCCAAGAGAUUCGCAAUGAGGUUUUAUCUAUGGAAAAAACAUACUUUGAUUGGCCUCCUAAUGAGGACGAAUUGCUACGAGUCAAGACUAAAAUUCCUCCUCUUCUCCGUCGACUUUUUGCAAAAGUUCUAUUUUGUGCUAGAGUGAGCAACAAAGGGCUUGUAAAAAUAACUUCUCUUUGUGAAGAUGUAAUUUAUAAUAUAACAAACGGCGAUCAUCGAUGCUCUAAACACGUGUUACUUGGCUUAAGUACCAAACGAAAAACUGGGUCAAAGGAAUUGAUCAAAUGGUUAAAUAAAUUAGGACAUGGAAUUUCCUAUGAUGAAGUAAACUAUUUAGAGACAACUCUUGCACAAAAUGCAAUACAAAAUCAAAAUUUAAAAAGUUUUUGCCCUUCUGUUCUCCAGCCCUCAAGAUUCGUGACCUUCGUCUGGGACAACAAUGACAUAAAACUUUGGGGAGGGGGAGGGGGAAGAGAAGCGCGGCUUCUUGCUCCUCCCCCUUAAUCCCCUUCCUC